CAGUGAAAAGAUGCUGGUCCUUCAAACAUCAAUCACGCCCAAAGCAAACAUAUACACCGUACACUCCACCCGCUUUGCAAAACGUCUUCCUUGCUUUUCUAUUUCGAGGAAGCCCGACUCAGAACCUGAUCUUAAAACCGGCUCAGCUCCCAAAGCCAAACCCAAAUCGAGAACUCGUCGCCUGAAAUCCGAAGUUUCCCAAAACCAAGAUGAAAGUACAAGAAGGAAGUUCCCGGCAAUAAUCCCGAGAAAACCGAAGCGCGGUCGGAGAAGCGAAGCGGACGCUGUCGAGCAUUUCGUUCGCGAAAGACUUGAACGGACUUUUGAAUCAAUCAGAGAGCAAAAUCCUGAAGUGUUCGAGAACAAGGAAAAGGUAAUGAAAGACAGGUUAGCUGAUGACGAGUAUAACUCCGAUAUCAGCGACGUCGACGAGGACGACGAUGAUGGUGGUGUGAAAGAGACGGAAAUGGUGGUUGAGGAGGAAAGUAAGAGUUGGCCAUUGGAUGCGGAUGUGGGAUGGGGAAUUAGAGCUUCGGAGUAUUUCGAGAAGCACCCAAUAAGGAACGUUGUUGGAGAAGAUGGAGUUGAGAUUGAUUGGGAAGGAGAGGUUGAUGAUAACUGGGUGAAGGAGAUUAACUGUUUGGAAUGGGAAAGCUUUGCUUUUCAUCCCAGUCCACUCGUCGUUCUUGUUUUCGAAAGAUAUAACAGGGCAACUGAUAACUGGAAGGCUUUGAAAGAGCUAGAAAAGGCGGUCAAGGUUUAUUGGAAUGCAAAAGAUCGAUUGCCUCCUCGGUCAAUAAAGAUAGACAUGAAUAUCGAGAGAGAUUUGGCAUAUGCUCUCAAAGUUAAAGAAUGCCCUCAGAUUCUUUUCUUACGAGGAAACAGGAUCUUAUACAGAGAGAAAGGGAUUCGAACGGCAGAUGAGUUGGUUCACAUGAUUGCACACUUUUACUAUAAUGCAAAGAGGCCAUCCUGGAUCGAUGACACGGCUUUAUCUCCACCUUAUUAGUUGGCAUAUUGGUGAAUUGCAUAAACUAAUACUCUCGAGGAAGUUGGCAAAAUAGUGCCUAAUCAGUAAUCAACGAGAGGGUGAAUUUGUCGGUUAUAUUCUUAUUAUAAAUCCCUCAGUUGUAAAAGUUGUAAAUCAUUUUUCCAAAGGCAAAUGUCUACCUCGUUAAUAAGCCUUGCUUGCGUUUGGUGAGGCUUUUGUGAGGAGAUCAUCAUCCGGUGGUUAAUUUUAGCUGACUCGGUUGUUCACGGAAGUAUCCUAUUUGGAAUUGGGCCUUUGGAUUAUGAAUGGAAUUGGGCCUAGACCCCAUGUACCAAUUAAGGUUUAAAAGAUUAAAAAAAAAAAAAUUAAAAAUAAAAAUUGAUGAAUCCUUGGCUCUAUUUUUAUAAAAUUAUUCUGACGAUUCUUGAUAAUUAUUGGCAUAAAACAAUAAUUCAAUAAUAUUUGAUUAUUUCCAAUCUAUUUUGGGAAGUAAUUAUUUUUAUUAUUUCCAUUUAAGAUCUGAUUCAACCAUAAAUGUGAUAGAAGUAUUAGAAAAAAGGAGAUUUAAUUAAAAAAUUUAGGUUCCUUAAUUGAAAAUUUUGAAGAGAAGGAGAAAAAAUGACUAAUAUAUUUUCACUCA